CGUGUCAUGUGACUCGAGUAACAUGGCUUCCGCCCCGUGAGCUGCCAUCCGAGCCAGAGCCUCAGGCGGGACCGGAGCGAGAGAGCCGCUUUAGCCGGGCGUCCAGGGCGCGCGAGCCGCGGAGUGCGCACGCGCGGGAGGCGGGCUCCGGAGCCGCUAGAGCGGCCCGGGCGGAGGAGGCGGCAGCGGCGCCCAUGAGGCAGCGGCCGUGCGGGACGGGCGGAGCGCGGAGCCGUAGACGUCCCCGCCGGGCCCCCGAGCCCCCCGCUCUGGUCCCCGUUCUCCCGCUCGUCCUAGUCCUCGUCGCCGCCAUGAACGCGGAGAAAGACUUCGCGCCCCUCACGCCCAACAUCGUGCGCGCUCUCAACGACAAGCUCUACGAGAAGAGGAAGGUGGCGGCGCUGGAAAUCGAGAAGCUGGUUCGAGAGUUUGUGGCCCAGAACAACACAGUACAAGUUAAGCAUGUGAUCCAGAUUCUGUCCCAGGAGUUUGCCCUCUCUCAGCACCCUCACAGCCGGAAAGGGGGCCUUAUAGGGCUGGCAGCCUGCUCCAUUGCAUUGGGCAAGGACUCUGGGUUGUACCUGAAGGAGCUGAUUGAGCCUGUGCUGACAUGCUUCAAUGAUGCUGAUAGUCGACUGCGCUACUAUGCCUGUGAAGCCCUGUACAACAUUGUCAAGGUGGCCCGGGGCUCUGUCCUGCCCCACUUCGAUGUGCUUUUUGAUGGGCUAAGCAAGUUGGCUGCUGAUCCAGAUCCCAAUGUCAAAAGUGGCUCUGAGCUCUUAGAUCGCCUAUUAAAGGACAUCGUGACUGAAAACAACAAGUUUGACCUGGUGAGCUUCAUCCCCUUGCUGCGUGAGAGGAUUUACUCCAACAAUCAGUACGCCCGGCAGUUCAUCAUCUCCUGGAUCCUGGUUCUGGAGUCUGUGCCUGACAUUAACCUGCUAGAUUACCUGCCUGAGAUCCUGGAUGGGCUCUUUCCCAUCCUGGGAGACAACAGCAAAGAAAUACGGAAAAUGUGUGAGGUCGCUCUAGGAGAAUUCUUAAAAGAGAUUAAAAAGAGUCCCUCCAGUGUCAAGUUUGCUGAAAUGGCCAACACCCUGGUGAUUCACUGCCAGGACUCAGACGACCUGAUUCAGCUCACAGCUAUGUGCUGGAUGAGGGAGUUCAUCCAGCUGGCCGGCCGGGUCAUGCUGCCCUACUCCUCGGGCAUCCUGACGGCCGUUCUGCCCUGCCUGGCCUAUGACGACCGAAAGAAAAGCAUCAAGGAGAUGGCCAAUGUGUGUAACCAGAGCCUGAUGAAGCUGGUCACUCCUGAGGACGAUGAGCCAGAUGAACCAAGGCCCCGAGCCCUGGGCCAUCCAGAGACCAGCCCAGAUGACUCGUUGGCCAAGCAGGAGGUGACUGCCAAUGGCUGCUUAGAUGCUUCUUGUGACUCCAACUUCAGCGUCUUCACUCCAGCUGGUGCUGAAGGUCUACCAGUGACACUGAACCUCGACGAGAUCAUGCAGGUACUAAACUGUCACCUCCAUGACCCUGCCAUCGGGAUGAUGACCAGGAUCGCCGUCCUAAAGUGGCUCUACCACUUGUACAUCAAGACUCCCCGGAAGAUGUUCCGACAUACAGACAACCUUUUUCCCAUCCUACUUCGGACCUUGUCGGAUGAAUCAGAUGAGGUUAUCCUGAAGGAUUUGGAGGUUUUGGCGGAAAUCGCAUCAUCCCCUGCAGGCCAAACAGAAGGUCCCGGCCCCUUUGACAGCCCCAGCCUGCGGGUCAACCACUCGGAUCUGCAGGCGCCCACAUCCGGCAGAGCCAGCCUGCUGGGUCCCCCUGGUACCAGAGGCUUGGAGUGCUCACCUUCCUCGCCCACCAUGAAUUCUUACUUUUACAAGUUCAUGAUCAACUUGCUGAAGAGGUUCAGCAGCGAGCGCAAACUCCUGGAGAUCCGAGGAGCCUUCAUCAUCAGGCAGUUGUGUCUACUGUUGAAUGCUGAAAACAUCUUCCACUCGAUGGCUGACAUCCUUCUCCGGGAAGAGGACCUCAAAUUUGCCUCAACAAUGGUUCACACCCUCAACACUAUCUUGCUGACCUCCACAGAGCUCUUCCAGCUAAGAAAUCAGCUCAAAGACCUGAAGACUCUGGAGAGCCAGAGCUUGUUUUGCUGCCUCUACCGGUCCUGGUGCCACAACCCGGUCACCACAGUGUCCCUCUGCUUCCUCACCCAAAACUACCGGCACGCCUACGACCUCAUCCAGAAGUUUGGUGACCUAGAGGUCACUGUGGAUUUCCUCACUGAAGUGGACAAGCUCGUGCAACUGAUCGAGUGUCCCAUUUUCACAUAUCUGCGCCUGCAGCUGCUGGAUGUGAAGAACAACCCCUACCUGAUCAAGGCCCUGUACGGUCUGCUCAUGCUCCUCCCUCAGAGCAGUGCCUUCCAGCUCCUCUCCCACCGACUGCAGUGUGUGCCCAACCCCGAGCUCAUGCAGACUGAGGAUAGUGUGAAGACAGCCCCAAGCUCCCGGAAGGUGGAUUCACCCAGUAUUGACUAUGUGGAGCUACUGCAGCACUUUGAAAGGGUCCAGAACAAGCACCUGGAGAUGAGACACCAGCGGAGCGGGCGUGGGGACCAGCUGGACCGCAGGAUUGUCCUCUGAGCCCCCAGCACGCACAGCUCGGGGCGGAGGCUGGUGUGGGGAAGAAGCCGAAGGGGCGGUCCUGUGAACCGUUGGUGGCCUUCACAAAGUCCUCUCCAGGACCCUAGCAUGGAGGUGGGCAGGCGGUGUGUGCGCUGCCCUCUCUUCUAGCUAGGCACAGCCGACAGCCCGUUCAAGGGCAGAGGAAGCAAGGCUGCUCACCAGUAUCGUCUGCCCCUCUUGCCCACCUCUCCAUCCUAUGCCCAGGAGUGCCAGCGCGAGCUGUUGCUCCCUGGCCCCUUCCCAUCUGUGCUAGAGCAGCAGCAGCAGCAGAGAUGACCCACAACUCUCCCUACAGGAGAUGUGCCCCUCUGCCUCCCAUGUAAUGCCCCACCCAUAAUCAGCUUCUUUUUAACCAGCCCCUUCAUUUGGAUUGAGAGGAGAGCUGGGCUGCUUCCUGCCCAGCCCAAGUCUCUGGACGUGGAGGUGUGUCCGCACACACGGAUGGAUGGGUGGGUGGAUGGAUGGAUGGAUGGAUGGAUGGAUGGAUGGAUGGAUGGAUGGAUGGAUGGAUGGAUGGAUGGAUGGAUGUGUGUGUCCUGUCUCUUCUCUAGUCUCCACCUGGAUCCUAGAGGUCUGUAUGGAAUGACGGAGCUCUCCCACAUAAAAAUAAAGGAAUGAUGGUAAAUUCUAUCCUCUCUCCCA